AUGCUGGUCAUACUGCCGGCUUUACUUGCGUAUGCGGGCACCAAAUGGGCAGGAUGCUAUCAGGAAUUGUUAGCUGAAGUUGAGGGCGCCCUCCCGUCGCCCUGGCAGGCGAAGGCAGCGGGUCCCAUUCCGUUCCUUAAUGUCGGCGGGGGCGGCGGCGGCGCAGCCGGUCACGGCCUGGACGCAGCCGACGAGCCCUCCCUAGAGCUGCACAACGCGCUGGCGGCGCUGGCGGCGGCGGGCAGUGACGCGCUGAUGGGGCCGCCGCAGCUGCCGCGACAGAAGGCGGCCAACAUGUUGGCCCUUCUGGAGACAUUCCGGCUGCUGGUAGCCUCCGCCGACCCUGAUCGAGCUACGGAGAAAGCCAACCGUGCCGCAAACCAGGCCAAGCUGCUUGCUGCAGGGGCAUUAGAGGCGCUGGUGGCGGCGGCGCUGCGGAACGGCGGCGUGCCGUCGGCGCCGGUGCGCGCCGCCGCGCUGGGCGCCCUAGGUGACUUGGUCGACGGCCUGGCGGCGGCGCAGGAACGCUUGGCGCGCGUGACGGAAACCGUGAAGUACGUCGUGUGGUGGGUUGGUCUGGGCGUGCUGUCAUCAAUCGGUCUGGGGACCGGAAUGCACACGGGCCUGCUCUUCCUCUUUCCGCACAUCCUCAAGGUGUGUCUGGCAGCGGAGACGUGCGGGCACUUCCGGUUUGACACGCGGUACGACAUGUGGUACAGCAGCGAGAGUUUCACGUGCGGAGAGGGUCCGGAGGAGGAGGUGUCGUUCACGGACUUGUUCAGAAAGGUGGUCAACUCUCUGUCGCCGUCACCCGGGGGGACAUUCCGUGGGUUCCGAGGGGGGGGAGGGGUAGAUACAGUUAUUUGCACCAUUGCGCUGAUUCGCUCUCAACCCAAAGGACCGACACCGAACCCCAAGACCGGUGUCCAUGCCGUGGACGUGAGUGUCCGAACGGGCUGCACGGGAGUUAGCAGGCACACGCUCCUCCACUGCGCCACCUGCCGCUUCCCUCGCCGUCAUCUCUCGCGCAACAUGGGCAUACAUCGUAGCACGCUGGCCAAGGCUCGUAGCCCUUGCCGAGUAGUAACAAAGCCCAUCAGCGCUGUCACCAGGGCCCCGGCGGAUGCUCAGCUGGCGUCAAGCAGCGGUGGUGGGUACAGCAACAGUAGGACCAGCCUAGCUAUCGCUCCGCAUCAUUCGAGUCGCAAGCCACUGUUUCACGUUGAUGAAAAGCAGUGUCCAUGCGAUCACGCCAAGACCUACUGA